GGCACAUUGUUGGGGGGGGGUUAGUUUCGGUGCGGGAGCGGAGGCAAAGCACGGCCAAGCGGACUGACCCAACAUGAAAUACUUCAUGGGGAUCGAUGUGGGAACUGCAAGUGUACGAGCAGCACUUGUAGACCACCAUGGCAAAGUGCUGGCUCAGGCUGAACAACCAAUCCAAAUUUGGAAGCCACAUCCUGAUUACUAUGAGCAAUCUUCUACUGAUAUAUGGGAAGCGUGCUGUACUGUUUCAAAGAGAAUAGCUCAAGUAGCUAAUCUGUGCUAUCUCAGAGGAAUUGGCUUUGAUGCUACCUGUUCUCUUGUAGUACUUGAUGAAAGAUUUGAGCCUGUAGCAGUUAAUGCGGAAGGCAUAAACAACAGGAAUGUUAUCAUGUGGAUGGAUCACAGAGCAGUUGAUCAAGUAGACCGCAUAAAUCAAACAAAACACCAUGUGCUAAAGUAUGUGGGUGGAGUAAUGUCUCCAGAAAUGCAGCCACCUAAACUUCUGUGGUUAAAAGAAAAACUGCCAACCACUUGCUGGGAUAAAGCUCAUCAUUUCUUUGAUCUCCCUGAUUUUCUAUCUUGGAAAGCCACAGGUGCAACUACAAGAUCUCUAUGUACAUUGACUUGUAAAUGGACCUACUCUGCAGAAAAAGGCUGGACUGAUUGUUUCUGGAAACAGAUUGGACUUGCAGACUUAGUAGCCAACAACUACUCUAAAAUAGGGAACCACGUGUUGUCUCCUGGCAGCCAUGUGGGAAAAGGCUUGACACCCGUUGCUGCUCAAGCACUAGGACUACCUAUUGGAAUUGCUGUGGCAGUAUCGCUGAUUGACGCUCAUGCAGGAGGUUUAGGUGUGAUUGGGGCAGAUGUAAAAGGUUCCAACUUGCCAUGUGAAAACAAGCCAAUUACAUCAAGGCUAGCUAUCAUCUGUGGAACAUCCACUUGCCACAUGGGGAUCAGUAAAGACCCGAUAUUUGUACCAGGUGUUUGGGGACCAUAUUACUCAGCUAUGGUACCUAACUUUUGGCUAAAUGAAGGUGGACAGAGUGCUACAGGGAAAUUGAUAGAUCAUGUGAUUAAAGGCCAUGCUGCAUGUGCAGAGCUGGAGUCCAAAGCCAAAGCUAGUGGGAAAAAUGUCUACAUGUACUUAAACAGUCACCUGGAGUCUAUUAAAAAGAGUUAUGCUGUGGGCAUGCUAACUGUUGAUUUACAUGUUUGGCCUGAUUUCCAUGGCAACAGAUCUCCCUUAGCAGAUCCUACCCUAAAGGGCAUGGUAACUGGAUUGGGUCUGUCCAACACUCUUGAUGACCUUGCUAAGCUUUACUUGGCUACAAUUCAAGCUAUAGCUAUGGGAACACGCCACAUACUAGAAACAAUGCUGACUGCAGGACAUCAAAUUGACACUCUGUUUAUGUGUGGUGGACUGAGCAAGAAUCUUCUUUUUGUCCAAAUACAUGCAGACAUUUCAGGCAUGCCAGUUGUCCUUGCCAAGGAGGAGGAAUCCGUUUUGGUGGGUGCUGCUAUUCUAGGAGCAUGUGCAUCAGGUGAUUUUAAAUCAUUACAGGAAGCUAUGGAAAAAAUGGGAAAAAUUGGAGAAAUAAUUCAUCCGGAUGAAGGGCAAAAAAGGUUUUAUGACAACAAAUACAAAGUCUUCCUGAAGCUGGUUGAGCACCAGAAGAAAUACAGAGCAAUUAUGCAAAACAUCUGAUUGCCACAGCAGUGGAGGAAAUGUCCAGAAUUUACGCAAUCCUUUACCACUUUCCAAAUAAAGAAAUUGUUUGGUAAUAAAAUUGCAACGAAUACAUUGCUAUCUUUGUACUGCAUUGGAACCUUUGUAACACAUAAACAUGAAUUCCAAGUGAUCAAGUAGAAGAAAGAUAAUGUCACGGCUUCCCCAAAGAAAAAUUUUAGAUUAAAUCAAUUAAAGCAUG